AUGGUACAGAAGCAGUUUUUCGCUCUAAAAGGUGUUGGUCUCACAACCCAGGAGCUGACGGAUGAAUACAACUCUAUUAUUGAAACAGUUGAAAAGGGCCGUGAGGUGACAUGGGCUGAUCAAAGCACAUUGAAUGAUAGUAACAGCUUUGAUAAAACAUCAUCUAAUGUAAGCUUUCUGCUGCCAACUGCUGGUGAGUAGGGAACACAAAGAAAGUGUCUAUUAAAUAAAAUUAAGUUAGGAUAUGGUAAAAACUAUAUUGUAGUGCUAGUUGUACAUUAAGUAGCAAGGAAUGUUAUCUAUUAGCAUCGAAUACUAAAGCAUUACUCUCCAGUUUAGAGAAACCUAGCAUACAUUUAAAAGUUUUUAGCUCAGUGAGGUACUUUCCCUGACUUACCUGUACCAAUAUUUUCUUACUAUCUUCGGCAAAGGUUUAAUCUAGAGGUCUCAAAAGUCAAUGGCUAUUAAAAUAACUUACAAUGUUUUUGAUAAACUUUGUAAACUGCCAAGUUCAAACCACAAUCUGCAAAUGACAAAAACAAGUGACAUCUUUCUUAUAACCAUUAUUUCUGUCACAACAGGAACACCACUGUCAAGAACACCUAUCAGAAAACGUCAGUUCAACACACCAGUCAGUAGUGUUCAUAGUGACAUGACACCUUGCAGAAGCACUUCUAAACAUCAAAAGAUAAUCACAACCAGUUCUCAACCAACAUUAGAGAAUUCUGAUACUUGCAUUUCUUUAACGAAAGAGUAUGAGGCAACACAGUCAGUAAGAAAAUCAACAAACUCAGUUGGAGGAGGGUUUGAGAGACCCAAGAUGGCUACACCAGGUGUAACCAGUAGCAUUCCAAAGGAUCAAAAACUGGCAACACCUUCACGAGUUCCAUCAGCUUCACCAUUCCUACCUUUAAACAGUAACAACUGUUUAAAGUCACCAGCAAUGUUUUACACCAAGAACAAUGCAAAUGACCAAUCAACAUCUGCCCCAAGAAAGGCAACUCCCCAUCCCAAAGUUUGUUGGAGUGAAAGUCCUGUCGAAACAAAGUCCUCCUCACUAACAUGUAAUACUGCACAUAACAACUUAGGUAAUAGCACACCUGUAAGAGUCUCUAGAGACUUAAAUCUGUCAGGAAUACAAGCUCUAGCUGAAACUCCAGCAGAUAAAAAUCAACAAAAGGAUGCAAAACAGGUAAUUGGCAGUAUCAAUAUUUACUGCACUUUUAAAAUACCAUGCAAAUCACAGAUAUAAAAAUAACAUACGUACUGUAGUCAGUCAUGUUGUGGACCUCUGAAAAAGAUGCUGCUCUUGAGUUGUGAUCGACACAUUUUCAUUCAUUUUGUUUUGGUUUCUGCUCUUAUAAUUUUCUGUUAUGACAUUAACUUAUGGAAGUAGGAAAUGAAUUUUAAAGUUUGGCUUGGAACCUGAGAGUUUGCAUGCUUAGCCUAUUGAAAGACACUGAGAAGAAUUUACAUUCAAAAUGUAUUAACUUCCUUUUCCUGGUCACAAUAACUUUCUCACUUUCUUGGUUUGGAGGAGAACUGAGACAUGAGAGUUGUCUUACAGAGACAAUGCUCUUUAACCCUUUCACUCCCAAGAUCUCCACAGUAAUUCUCCUUACUAUCUGCCAUAUAAUUCUUGUAAUGUUAGUUUGGAGAAUUUGGUAUUGGGUUGACUAAAACUCCCAUGAUCACUAUUUUUCUUUAUUCUCAUCACUUGUCUGCUUGAUAGUGCAUUGAAACUGUGAGGAGAAAUUCUCUCUUGGUCACUCAUGGGAGUUAAAGGGUUAAUUCAACAAUACAAUACAACACCUCUCAAAGAACUGUCAAUAAAUACAGUAAACAAUCAGAAAGAUCAGUUGCCAUCUGUGCUGAGUCAAAGUAAUCUUUUGAAAAAAGGUAAAGGUUUAUCAAGGCUGUAUUUUAGAGCUACCAUUGAAUCUGUCACAGGCACUGAGUCCUACAUACCAUAUCAAAACUUUUCAAACUCUUGUCUUGGAUGAAAACAGAAUAGCUUUUAAUUACUGGCCUAGUAAGUUACAUAAACCUUCGAGAAAUGAGUCUCAGGUCCUCAAUGUGUGGUAUCUAAUUUCUCACACAGAAAAAUCAAACAGCAGCCAGGAAGUGAAAGACAUGCUGCCAAAGAGGUCAGUUGAAAAACACCAUGCUUUGUAUCAGUAUGGUCCUUCCAACAAUAUUAUGAAUUUUGCCAUUGAAAGCAAAUUUCUUGUGGUUGAAAUACUCAACUCUAGAGUGGAGGAAAAAUUGGGAUCCCUUAUAUCCAACAUCUCUUGAUUUCCAUAUUCUUCAUAGCAUAUACAAAAAAGUAUUCAUAUUCAUUUUCAACAUGUACAACUGAGAGGGUUGCAAGAAUAGUGACUGCAGGAUAACCUAUUCUCUAUUAACACCUUAACAUCAGUAUGUACAUUCUCAAUACUGCACUCUAUACAUUUCCUAAGGUGCUGACAAGGAGAAGUUCUUAAACAAUCAAGAGCUUCUUUAGUAUGUGAUCACUUCCUUUAUUCCCUUAACCUUAAUGAGGGAUUCAGUGGUGGUAUUGUAAGGAGAAAUUAGAUGCUAGUCAUCCCAAGGGAGUCAAAAGGUUCACUAUUAGUCCCAACUAUUGAAAAACACUUUUUUCAGAGUUUUCAGUUCCACAAAAGAGAAUGUCCAAGCACUCAGAGGACCAUCAAGAUCAUCUUGCACUUUGCAGCUGGACAAGUUACAUUCUAAGAAAGUCAAGAAACACUUCAAUGGACUGAGAAGGGCAAUGAGCAGCACCUCAAUUGGAACAAGCAGAAACUUUGCACCACGUACAUUGUAA